UGAUGCGAUAUGAUACUUAUGGUGACUCUGCCCCGAUCAAGAAGACGGGUGCAGGCUAUGAUGUUCCUGAAGGAGUGGACAUUCGAGGUCGGUACGAUGGAGAAUUUGCCAAGAUUCUUACAAGGGAUGCCUUGCAAUUCGUUGCUGACUUGCAACGGGAAUUUAGAAACCGCAUCAGGUAUGCCAUCGAGUGUCGCAAGGAAGCCAAGAGCAGAUACAAUGCAGGAGCAUUACCUGGGUUUGAUCCUGCUACUAAAUAUAUAAGGGAAGGAGAAUGGACAUGUGCUCCAGUCCCUCCUGCUGUUGCUGAUCGAAAGGUAGAGAUUACAGGGCCUGUGGAGAGGAAAAUGAUCAUCAAUGCACUCAAUUCAGGUGCCAAAGUUUUCAUGGCUGACUUUGAAGAUGCACUCUCACCAAGUUGGGAAAAUCUGAUGAGGGGACAAGUUAAUUUGAGGGAUGCUGUUAAUGGGACUAUAAGCUUCCAUGACAAGGCCAGGAACAGGGUUUAUAAGCUCAAUGAUCAGAUAGCUAAGUUGUUUGUUCGCCCGCGCGGUUGGCAUCUACCUGAGGCUCACAUUUUAAUUGAUGGGGAACCUGCAACUGGUUGCCUCGUAGAUUUUGGCCUAUACUUUUACCAUAACUAUGCAGCCUUCCGUCGAAACCAAGGUGCAGGCUAUGGACCUUUCUUCUAUCUACCUAAGAUGGAGCAUUCAAGGGAAGCUAAGAUAUGGAACUGUGUGUUCGAGAAGGCGGAGAAGAUGGCAGGAAUAGAAAGAGGAAGCAUUAGGGCUACUGUUCUGAUUGAGACACUUCCAGCUGUCUUCCAAAUGAAUGAAAUCUUAUACGAACUAAGGGAUCACUCUGUUGGCUUGAAUUGUGGAAGAUGGGACUAUAUUUUCAGCUAUGUCAAGACAUUCCAGGCUCAUCCUGACCGCCCACUGCCAGACAGGGUUCAGGUUGGCAUGACUCAGCAUUUUAUGAAGAGUUACUCUGAUCUCCUUGUCUGGACAUGCCAUAGGCGUGGUGUUCAUGCCAUGGGAGGGAUGGCAGCUCAAAUUCCAAUCAGAGAUGACCCAGCGGCAAAUAAGGCAGCACUGGAAUUGGUGAGAAAGGACAAACUAAGAGAGGUGAAAGCAGGACAUGAUGGAACUUGGGCAGCACACCCUGGACUUAUCCCAGCAUGCAUGGAAGUAUUCGCAAACAACAUGGGCAAUACCCCACACCAGAUUCAAGCCAUGAAACGAGAAGAUGCUGCGAAUAUAACAGAAGAAGAUCUUAUACAAAGGCCACGAGGGGUGCGCACACUCGAAGGGCUACGACUAAACACUCGAGUCGGGAUUCAAUACUUAGCAGCAUGGCUGACAGGAACAGGCUCAGUGCCACUGUACAACCUGAUGGAAGAUGCUGCAACUGCUGAGAUAAGCAGAGUUCAGAACUGGCAGUGGCUCAAGUACGGAGUGGAAUUGGAUGGAGAUGGGUUAGGAGUGAAAGUGACAUUCGAUCUGUUAGGGAGAGUGGUUGAAGACGAGAUGGCUAGAAUUGAAAGAGAAGUUGGGAAAGAAAAGUUCAAGAAGGGAAUGUACAAGGAAGCGUGCAAGAUGUUUGUAAGGCAAUGUGCUGCGCCAACUCUAGAUGAUUUUCUCACCUUAGAUGCCUAUAAUAACAUUGUGAUUCAUUAUCCAAAGGGAUCAUCUAGGCUGUGAAUAAGUGUUGAUUUCUGUUUUGGAUUUUGAACUGGUAUUGGCAGUUUUUGUUUUGUGUAAUAAUAUGCUAUUAUUGAAUAACAGUCCUUUGUCAUUCCUCGCUGUUGAAUAAAAGAAAUUU